UCAGUGCUCGGCAUCAGUUUUCGCUCCUCGUGUGUUACGUCAGAGACCCCACUUGGUUCGCUUCUGAAUCUGCUUGAUUUCAGUAGGACGCGAACAGAGUAGCUUGGAGCACUCCAAAUCAGCGCGGAUGAUCGGCGCGCGCGCGGCCAUGCCAAAGUACAUACUCUCUGUCUGCGUGUAGCGUUGUGGCUUAUUGUCACAACUAAAUAGAACAUUUCAUUGAGGAAAUCUAUUAAUAUUGACCUUUGUAAUCUUUGGAAUCUUUGUUUUUUUCUUUCCAACGCACGCAAACCUUUCACUAUUUCUCCUCCAAGGUCUGCUGACUUUCUAUCGCUUGCUCCUCGGAUAGUCCAGAGGAAGCGACUUGUGGCUGCUGUGGUUGGCAUCGUCAUGGUGUUGGCCCUUAUCAUAGCAAUACCACUGCUUGUGCAAAUUACCAAAACGUCGUCUCACUAUGAGAUGAUGGGCACCUGUCGUAUGAUCUGUGAUCCGUACGGUUCGAAACCUGCGAGCGCUACGGCCAUGGAGCUUAUACAGGACCUGAACGCUAUCCCCCCACCGCCAAUGGCGCAAGGCUCUAAAGGUGAAAUGGGGCGACCUGGAAAGCCGGGACCAAGAGGUCCACCUGGUGAGCCAGGACCACCCGGACCAAGAGGACCGCCCGGAGAGAGGGGCUAUUCCGGGAAAAUUGGUUACCCCGCGGUAACGUCUGGGACUAUAAGGACCGAAACUAACACGGACGAGGUGAACACCUCCGUUAACACCGCACUCAGUGGCACAAAGAUUGCGUUCUACGUAGGGUUGAAGAACCCUCACGAAGGAUAUGAGGUGCUUAAAUUUGACGACGUCGUCACAAACGUGGGAAACCAAUACGAUCCAACCACCGGCAAGUUCACUUGCGAAGUGUCCGGAAUAUAUUUUUUCACGUACCAUGUGUUAAUGCGAGGUGGUGAUGGGACAAGCAUGUGGGCAGACCUGUGCAAAAACGGACAGGUUCGGGCAAGUGCAAUUGCGCAGGACGCGGACCAGAAUUAUGAUUACGCGAGUAACAGCGUGGUUCUGCACCUGGACUCCGGAGACGAGAUCUAUGUGAAACUGGACGGCGGCAAAGCGCACGGAGGCAACAACAACAAGUACAGCACCUUCUCUGGAUUCAUUUUGUACCCAGAGUAAAUAGUCUGACACUCCAAAGAGGGCCAUCCAAAAUGUCAUAAUUCCUAAUUUCUUGUGGAGGGGAGAGUGCAUAAUGGUCCUUUAAUUACCCGUUAUAGGUAAGAAGCUUAGGAUACAUGGGCAGUAGAGCUCGUUUGAGUGAAUUUGGUGAUGUCUUUAAAGGACAGUAUGUUGUAUAUUCAAUAGGAGCAAGGUAUGUGCAGAAGUACUUCCAUCUUAAUUGGCAGAGAUCAGACAUACAAACCCAUGUGUUAGUUCCAUUCAGGAGUUGUGUUUUAGGACAAUAGCUCGCUAUGUUUUGUCCUCAUGUAGUCUACCAAUAAAUAGUAUUUUACAGUAA